ACUGGUUGGAUUAGUGGGAUGGGAAGUGGAGUAGCGCACAACAGGCCCGGGAAACAGCUCUUGAGAAAGCACUGAUGUAAUUCUGCCAGCUGAAGGCCUGAGAACAAGGAGAAGGACAAUUCUCGAGAAGCCCAGGAUUUCCUGACUGCUGCUGGCGAGAGCCGCAGGGAGCUUCAGUUUGGCUUCUGGCUAGUCCCUGCCAACUUGGGACUUCACACUACAUUGGCCAGCGCUCGCCCUGUCCGGCAUGAUGGAUUCCCGGGCUCCCAGAGUAGCUGGGCUGGACGAGACAUUGAGAAAGGAACCACCGGCGCGUACCCCGCACCCGAGCUGGGAACUUUCCUGAACAGGGCCCCCAUUCCUAACUCUGCUUCGAGGUGGGUAUCAUCAACCCCAUUUUUCAGGUGAGAAAACCGAGGUUUGGUGACUUCCCAGGGCGGGGCGGGGUUUUUUUCUGUGACCCCUCGAGUCUUCCUUGGGCCCCUCACGACUCGUAAGAUACGAACUUCCAGAGGUCUGGGGGAACCAGCAUCGGGUAUGAGAUGCCCAAGCCUUCCCAGGGACGACAGCGUGAGCGCACUUUUUGGCGAAAACUGCGCCUCCCUUGUCGCGACAGUAGUGAUUACUGUCGCUUUAAAAAGGCCGUCCCUUGAAAUAUGAAAUCCUCACCACACGGGCACCCAGACAUUUCUCCCUCACCCACACUGAUCCCCACCACUGGUGACACCAGUCCUCCUUCACCGGCGAGUAGGAACUUGGGACUACAUUUCCCAAGAUCUCCCUGCAGAGGGGGUGGUGAGAAGAGCAGACUUCCGUUUCCGGCGGUCGCACUUUGGCGUGUCCGCGGCGAUGCACAUUUCUACAGCCCAAGUCCUUUCUCUGUAGCGCUCACGAGGGGACUACGUCCCCCAGCAGGCCCUGGCGCAGAGGUCAAGCGGCCCAGCUGCCAUCUUUACUGUAGUCCUGUUCCCCGUUGCCGCAGGGGAUAGCCUUAGCGCCUGGACUACAAAUCCCGACUCGCCGCCCCUUUCCCUCCGGCCGCCAUCUCGGCUGCAGGCCCCGCCCCGGCCCCGGCCAUUGUCUCAGCGGAGCGGAGCUAAGGCAGCCGGGAAGACUGCAACUCCCGUCGGGCUUUGCGCCGCCGGGUGCGGGAUUUUGGUAGUAGAGGCGGGCGGCGAGGCACUCAAUCAAGGUGGCUGAAUGAGGCGACCAGGAGAGGCUAGGUGGCCUGCCAUCUUUAUGGUAGUCUCUUUAUUCUCUCGGUUCCGCCAUGCUUAAGGAACUGUAGCAGUCUAGAAAACUACUAUUCCCAUCGCACCCAUGCGAUCGACUGCUGGUCAGGUGUACGCCCCUCUUCCGCCAUCUUGCUUGUAGUCCUCGUUCCUUUUCACCUUUCCAUUGUUCCUGACGAGUAGAAAUGGCAGCGGGAAGGCAGCAGAUGGACUGCGACUCCCGUCAGCCCUCGGCGUUGCUGACGCCCCCAAUGUCGUCGAGCAGCCGGGGGCCGGGGGCCGGAGCGCGCCGACGCCGAACCCGCUGCCGUCGCUGCCGGGCCUGUGUGCGAACUGAGUGCGGGGACUGCCACUUCUGCCGAGACAUGAAGAAGUUCGGGGGGCCCGGGCGCAUGAAGCAGUCGUGCCUGCUCCGGCAGUGCACUGCCCCCGUGCUCCCACACACAGCUGUGUGCCUCUUGUGUGGGGAGGCUGGGAAGGAGGACACAGUGGAGGGAGAGGAAGAGAAAUUUGGUUUGAGCCUCAUGGAGUGUACAAUCUGCAACGAGAUCGUCCACCCUGGCUGCCUGAAGAUGGGGAAGGCUGAGGGUGUCAUCAAUGCGGAGAUCCCCAACUGCUGGGAGUGCCCUCGCUGUACCCAGGAAGGCCGCACCAGCAAGGAUUCAGGUGAGGGGCCAGGCCGCCGCAGGGCUGACAACGGCGAGGAGGGUGCCAGCCUAGGGAGUGGAUGGAAGCUGACGGAGGAGCUGCCACUCCCACCGCCUCCACCCAGGCGCAAGGGCCCUCUACCUGCUGGCCCCCCGCCUGAGGAUGUGCCUGGGCCCCCCAAACGAAAGGAGAGGGAGGCAGGGAAUGAGCCCCCUACCCCAAGAAAAAAGGUGAAAGGAGGCAGAGAGAGGCACCUGAAGAAGGUGGGUGGAGACGCCUGCCUCCUCCGAGGAUCGGACCCAGGCGGCCCAGGCCUUCUGCCCCCCAGGGUUCUGAAUCCGAGCCAGGCAUUCUCGUCCUGCCACCCUGGGCUCCCUCCCGAGAGCUGGGAGAAACCAAAGCCGCCUUUGGCCUCCGCUGAGGGCCCAGCGGUGCCGUCCCCAUCGCCCCAGAGAGAGAAGCUGGAACGUUUCAAGCGGAUGUGCCAGCUACUGGAGCGGGUGCCUGACACCUCUUCGUCCUCUUCGGACUCAGACUCAGAUUCCGAUUCAUCAGGCACAUCGCUGAGUGAGGAUGAGGCCCCCGGCGAGGCCCGGAAUGGGCGACGGCCGGCCCGGGGCAGCUCUGGCGAGAAAGAGAACCGUGGGGGGCGGCGGGCUGUGCGCCCUGGCAGUGGGGGACCCCUGCUCAGCUGGCCCCUGGGCCCGGCUCCACCACCCCGGCCUCCGCAGCUGGAGCGGCAUGUGGUACGCCCUCCCCCUCGGAGCCCUGAGCCUGACACGCUGCCUCUGGCUGCUGGAUCCGACCACCCUCUGCCCCGGGCUGCCUGGCUUCGCGUCUUCCAGCACCUCGGGCCCCGAGAGCUGUGUGUCUGCAUGCGAGUUUGCCGGACUUGGAGCCGCUGGUGCUACGACAAGCGUCUGUGGCCUCGAAUGGACCUGAGCAGGCGGAAGUCACUGACACCGCCCAUGCUUAGUGGGGUGGUUCGCCGCCAGCCCCGGGCCCUGGACCUCAGCUGGACAGGUGUCUCCAAGAAGCAGCUCAUGUGGCUUCUGAACCGACUGCAAGGCCUGCAGGAGUUGGUGCUCUCCGGCUGCUCCUGGCUGUCUGUCUCUGCCCUGGGCUCAGCCCCACUGCCAGCCCUUCGGCUCCUGGACCUCCGCUGGAUUGAGGAUGUGAAAGACUCCCAGCUCCGAGAGCUACUGUUGCCUCCACCAGACACCAAACCAGGGCAAACGGAGAGCCGUGGGCGGCUGCAGGGGGUGGCCGAGCUGCGCCUGGCGGGCCUGGAGCUCACAGACGCCUCCCUGCGGCUCCUGCUGCGCCACGCGCCCCAGCUGAGCGCCCUGGAUCUGAGCCACUGCGCCCACGUCGGAGACCCCAGCGUCCACCUCCUCACAGCUCCCACCUCCCCGCUCCGAGAGACCCUGGUACACCUCAAUCUCGCCGGUUGCCACCGCCUCACGGACCACUGCCUCCCGCUCUUCCGACGCUGCCCGCGUCUCCGCCGCCUCGACCUGCGCUCCUGCCGCCAGCUCUCUCCUGAAGCUUGUGCCCGGCUGGCAGCUGCUGGGCCCCCUGGCCCCUUCCGCUGCCCGGAGGAGAAACUGCUUCUCAAGGACAGCUAGUUGGGUGCCCCCACCCGCCCCCAGGACUCACUGGGAGCCUGGGCCUCGGGCCUUCAUUUCCCCCCUGCUGAGAGGCCAGGUGACCCACCUCAUGACUUGGGGUUCCUCCCCAGGGACUGGAGCCAGCCUCUUCCGUCUCUUCCCCCUGCACUGAUAUCUCUGGGGGUCUCCUUCCCAUCUCCUCCCCCUUCCGCCUGCUUCAUUGUCCAUCCCCUGGGGGAGUGGGUCAGAGGUCCUGGGGGUGCUGAGCCAAAGGGAUGGUGGGAGGGGGGUUAAAGUGCAAGUCUGAGGGAGGGAGAAGGGGACGAGGGUACCUGCACACAGGAUCCUGGGAGCCUGGGCCUGGGGGAGGUGGAGGAGGGGGGGAGGGGCAGCAAG